AUGGGAGAGAUUAUUUAUAAUAAUGUGGUCAGCACUGAGUCUGAGGGAAUGAACAGAGAGAGAAUGGAGAUGAUGGUGGAUAUCUAUGAAUGUGCAGAUUCUGUGAGAGAUCACGACUUCAACACAGAAACAAACACACAUCAACAACAUCAGCAGCGUACAGUCAUAGUGCUGUGUGUCCUGAUCAAUACAAAAAAUCAACAGUUUAACAUCAAGAGCAAAAACAUCACAGAAGAGAGAGACCAGCUACUAACUAAAUAUACCAACAUCAUAGAAGAGAGAAACCAGCUACUAACCAACAACACCAACAUCACAGAAGAGAGAGAUGAAUUAAUAGCCAAGUAUAUGGUUGUUUCUACAGCUAGAUGGAUUUACUAUCAAUCCAGUUUGUACUUCAUUUCAUCUGAGGAGAAGAGCUGGACUGAGAGCAGAAGAUACUGUAGAGAGAGAAGAGCAGAUCUGAUCAUCAUUAACAACAAAGAGGAACAAGAUUUUAUUCAGAAGAAUUCUGGUAAUGACAAACUCUGGAUUGGUUUGACUGACAUUGCUGUAGAGGGCAGAUGGAAAUGGAUUAAUGGCAACACACUGAACUCUGGUUUCAGAUUCUGGGCGUCUAAAGAACCCAAUGGAGGUAAAGGAGAGAACUGUGUUGUGUCUUCCUCCUCAGGGUGGUCUGAUUACCCCUGUACUGAUACUUUUAAAUGGAUUUGUGAGAGAGCACAGUAGCAACUUUCUUUAGACAUUUGUUUUACAUGUAGUUCUAAACGUAGGUACAGGAGGAGCCUAACCAUUCAGGCCUGUCAAUCAUCAUUAUGAGCCUAUAUAAGGCAGC